AUGAACGCUCACACCGAUUUCAAGCCUCCAAUUUUGGACGGAUCCGGAGUAAGUAAUCCCUUUACAUGUAUCAUAUGUAGACUCAAAUUCAAUACUUUUGAAGAUCAGCGGCUGCACUUCAAAACACGAUUCCAUGCAGAGAAUUCCCACCGCAAAGCCAAGGGCCUCCCCCCGCUGACAAACGAAGAGUAUAUGGAGCUAUUAGAACAGCGGAGUGCAGCUACGCCGCAGCCAGUCAAGAAGGUCAAAUAUAUCUGCGAGCCCUGCGGAAAGUUGUUUUCAUCGCAAAAUGCCUACAAGCAGCAUGAGCAGUCCACAAAGCACCGAGAAAUGGUUAUGAAGUUGUGUAGAGAAGGACCUCUACGGAAACCUGUCCUAGGAACUGAUGCACAGCUUGGCGACGCAGUUGAUGAUGGAAACGUGCGAAUAAAUUUAGAGAUGGCCAUACAAGAAAUCGUCGAUUCCAUUCCAACGCUUCCAGCCUUUAUCGGAGAUGACGAGGCCGAUAAGUGGGAAAAAAUUCAGAAGGCACUUCUCGCUGCUAAAUCGGAGGAUCAACGCGACGACAUCAUCUGGGAGAGCAUUAUUUCCAAACGCCCCGUUCGACCCGACAAUGAAUGUUUGUUCUGUGACCAUACAGUGGACCAAGCUAAAGAUGACUGGUUUACGGAGUUACUGAAGCACAUGGAAAUACACGGAUUUAUCAUCCUGCGAGCCAAUUAUUGUACAGAUCCACAAGGCCUGGUCAACUAUAUGAGAAAGGAAAUAUCCCUUACUUGGAGCUGCCUGUUAUGCGAGAGGGGAUUCAGAUCUGUCGACGCUGUUAAGGGGCACAUGCGUGCUGCAGACCAUUGUAUGUAUGAACUUAAUGAUCAAGCAUACGAGUUCUUAGGCUAUUAUGAUCAUUCUCCAAGCUAUCCGGAUGGAUUCAUAGAAGAGGUUCAUACUAUUGCAGAGACGCCAGAGGAGCUAGAAAGCAUGCUGUCUGAGAUACGGAGGACUAUGUGGUCUUCAUCGCUACCCAUUAUUGGUCGCACGACUGCUGCUGGGCGCGUUGUAUCAGUCAAAGACUACGAGAAAAACUAUGCGCCCCAAGUUCCUGACUGGGCGGUGGAGAAGUAUCAGCGUGCACAGAUGCUCAAGACCCUACCCUACUAUGAACGCGAGAUACUAAUGCGCAAUUUAACAGAGGCACAGAGGGAAACUGCGUUAGAAAAGGCUCGUGCAGAGGCUGGCCAGCGCAUCCAGUCCUGGCUCAAGUCUAAAUGGAUGGUCGUUAAGGGGCAAAUCCUAGGUCCCUUAGCACGCUAUGACCCGCGUGUGCAGGCUCGAGAUGCAAUGAGUGCAGGUAUCAACCAUUAUAAGAAGUUCUUCAAACGUUCAACCUUGCAUAUAUACAACUAG